AUGGCGCCGUUCCGCAACUUCUUGUCCAGAAAGUCCACUGCCCCCAAUGGCGGGGAAGUCAGUGCCGCUCCGAACGAUAACUCUGCUAGCCAGGUCUCACUCGACACUCAUGGCUCGAGUCCUUUGAGCUUCAGGAAGAGUUCCGAAAAUGAGCCACCUGAAUAUAAACUCAGUGUCGUCGACGCCAAUGGAAUCUACCAUCCCCCCUCACCUCCAGAGAAACAGGGCUUCUGGCGCAAGUACCCUGGUUCUCCGAGAUCCUCGCACCAUCGCGAUCUCGUAAACGAGAACGAACCCUUCUCGAUAUCUCGCGAAUCAUUUGAUUCGUAUCGCCGAUCAUUUGAUAUCUCUGCCCGAUCACCCGUAUGCUAUACCGAUGCGAUGCCAUCUCGGACAUCGCUUGACUCUCGAGUCUCCCAUAUAACAUCAACACCAUCUACGCUAUACUCAAAUCUAAGCAAGCAGCCGGAAGCCAUGGAAGAAGAGCAAUAUGAGGAGGUUGCGCUCGACGACGAGGAAGUCAAACCAAAGCGGAAGAGCAUCUUCUCUCGUUUUGGGGACUUCACAAACGACUCUUCACAGAACUCCAGUACCACCAAAUCAUCGACUCUCGGCUUUCACAUCCCAGGCCGUAAGAGAGGCCCAAGCAAUGUGGGCUCAGAAUUAGGUACUUUCAAAGCACCGCCGGCUAAUGCAGAAUCGGAGGUGCAUGAUGCGUGA